GGCCGUGGUGACUGUGGUGGUGGCGGUGACUCUGCGGGCGGCACCAUGUCGAUUAUGUCCUAUAACGGCGGGGCCGUCAUGGCCAUGAAGGGCAAGGGCUGCGUGGCCAUCGCGGCCGACCGGCGCUUCGGCAUCCAGGCGCAGAUGGUGACCACGGACUUCCAGAAGAUCUUCCCCAUGGGAGAGCGGCUCUACAUCGGCCUGGCGGGGCUCGCCACCGACGUGCAGACCGUUGCCCAGAGACUGAAGUUCAGGCUGAACCUGUACGAGCUGAAGGAGGGCAGGCAGAUCAAGCCGCAGACGUUCAUGAGCAUGGUUUCUAAUCUGCUCUAUGAGAGACGGUUUGGACCAUAUUACACAGAACCAGUCAUUGCUGGUCUGGACCCCGUAACGUACGAACCUUUCGUCUGCUCCCUAGACCUGAUCGGCUGCCCCAUGGUCACUGAUGACUUUGUGGUCAGCGGCACCUGCUCGGAGCAGAUGUAUGGAAUGUGCGAGUCCCUCUGGGAGCCCGACAUGGAACCAGAUCAGCUCUUUGAAACGAUCUCCCAGGCCAUGCUGAAUGCAGUGGACAGAGAUGCCCUGUCCGGGAUGGGUGUAGUAGUACACAUCAUUGAAAAAGACAAGAUCACCACGAGGACGCUGAAAGCUCGCAUGGACUAGCACCGCUGCUCCGGCCUUUCACCUCCCACGCCGCUUGGAACUUUUWUAAAUAAAACGCUUUUCCUCUAGUGUAGUUAAGUUCUCAUUUUCUUAAGUCUGAACAUUAGGAUUAAGUUCUCAUCUCCCUCGGAAGCUCUCAAAAGAGCCUCCCUUUCUCUGAGCUACCUGUAAGUAAUCCCGCAGU